AUGCUGAAGUACGUUGCCUAUACUAUUUGUUUUGAUUUCAUUUACAUUGCGCAACAGAUUUUCUACACUCUGCGCUCCACGCAGCGGAAUCAAGUGUCCGGGUAUUACCUGAUGUAUCGCUUGUUGGUUGCGACCUUCUUUUUAUCGACCGUCGUAUUCGGUUUGUCCGUAAGCAAAUACCGAAACUACUGGCUCAUCUAUCUCAGCGAUAUUGGCAUUCUCUUGCAGACCCUGCAUUUAGUAACAGCAGCUGCCGUCCCAGUUCGUCUCUCUUCACUCAUCAAAAAGGUGACGCAUUUUACUAUAAAGUAUGAUGGUGUCGACGAUACUUUGCCACUAUUGGCCCGAUUCUCGAUGUUUCUAUACAACGUAACAAACGUCCUCACUUUAGGAAUUUCAUUUUUCUUCUGGGCCGGAAUCGCCUUUAUAGACAGAGAACCAAAAGACACUGACUUUCUCGUUCACGGAAUGAAUAGUAUUAUGUCAGUCUCUGACAUAUUUAUUAGCAAGAGGCCCUGCCGUCUAUUUCACUUUCAUCAUUCGAUGGCUGUUUUAGUCCCUUAUUUUUUGUUCACCGUCGCCUAUUGGGCAGCGGGAGGUCGCAAUGAAUACGGCGGCUCCUACAUCUACCCGGUCCUCAACUGGGACAAUCUUCCUUUGACCAUACCGUUCGUGAUGGGGAUAUUGACAGUUGGUGUCAUUUUUUUCCACACUCUUGUCUGGACGUUUCACUUGCUGAGAGAUGGGGUGAUCAGUUGCGCGAAUAAAGACGUUGGCGGUGUUGAGUUACACAAUAAUAUUAAGCACCAAAGUCUACGGAAUAACCCUGCUUGAGUUUAUUUGUCAUAUAAAAUGUUCAGGAAACAUAUUGCCAUUAAUAACGCCAUGUUGGAGUUUAAACGCGGACGCUUGUAGGAAUAAAGCACGGUGCGAUUGUAAA